CAGAAGAAGAAGAAGAAGAAGAAGAAGGAGCAGCACCCCCUUGAGGCCGUUAGCUAUUGUUGACAUGAUCAGAUCAGAGAGAAUCAAUGGAGGAGACACACUGGAAAUAAAAGAUCAUUUCAAUCUUACUAAAGCGUCACCAGUGGAGGAGGGCGGAGCUUCACACUGGCCAUGAUGGAUGACACAGAGCCGGAGCUUUCCCCCGCCCCCUCUAACCAGAACAGCCCCUGCCCCUCCCCCUCCCCCUCCCUCUCAGUCUCCUCCUCUCUCUCACUGUCGCUUCCCUCCACCCCCUCCUCGUCCUGCGGACCCCCCCAGGCGGUGACCCCCCCUCUCGGAGUGAUCAGCGAGGGAGUGGGCGAGAUCAGCCUGGUGAUCGAUGCGGAUGUGGCCCAGCGGGCGUGUCAGGAGGUGCUGCAGCAGGUGAAGCAGCUCCAGCAGGUGGAUGAUGAUGUCAUCGACCUGCAGAAUGGGGGCGCGCCCACCCCUGAGCCCGCCCCCCUCCCUGCUGUGGCCCCUCCCGUCGUCAUAAAGCCGUUAAAAAUGAGAGAGGUGGAGGACGACCCUGAUGGCCCCGCCCCCGGCACGGUUAAGAGCGCCCGGCGGCGACAGAGACACAAUCCCUCCAAACAGUCGUGGCUGCUCCGCCUGUUCGAGUCCAAGCUGUUUGACGUUUCCAUGGCGAUCUCCUACCUGCACAACUCGAAGGAGCCGGGCGUUCAGGCUUACAUCGGGAACCGACUCUUCAGCUUCCCGCACGAGGAUGUGGACUUCUUCCUGCCACAGCUGCUCAACAUGUACAUCCACAUGGACGAGGACGUGGGCGACGCCAUCAAGCCAUACGUGGUUCACCGCUGCAGGCAGAGCAUCUCGUUCAGCCUGACGUGUGCGUGGUUGUUGGGAGCGUACUCGUCCGACAUGCACAUCUCCACUCAGCGUCACUCCAGAGGAACCAAACUCAGGAAGCUCAUCCUGUCUGAUGAACUCAAACCUGCAGGGCCCAGAGCUCGCAGAGACCCCCUGACCCUGACCCCCUUCUGUCCCCUGGCCUCCCCUUCCACCGGGCCCCUGGGAGGAGAGCACAGCCUGUCGCCCUCCAAACGCACACACCAACGCUCCAAGUCCGACGCCACGGUCAGCAUCAGUCUGAGCAGCAACCUGAAGAGAACGGCCAGCAACCCCAAAGUGGAGAGCAGCCAGGACGAGGACAGCAGCUCCAGCUCAGACAGUCUGCCCUGUGAGACUCGUCCCCCAGUGCGUCUGGCCCCUCAGAGGGAGUUCAUAAAGUCUCUGAUGGGUAUCGGGAAGCGUUUGGCGACUCUUCCCACCAAAGAGCAGAAAACUCAGCGUCUGAUCUCCGAGCUGUCGCUGCUCAACCACAAACUGCCCGCUCGAGUGUGGCUGCCCACCGCCGCCUUCGACCACCACGUGGUCAGAGUGCCUCACACGCAGGCCGUGGUGUUAAACUCCAAAGACAAGGCUCCGUACCUGAUUUAUGUGGAGGUUCUGGAAUGUGAGAACUUCGAGACGUCCAACGUUCCCAUCCGGAUCCCGGAGAACCGGAUCAGGAGCACGCGCUCGGUGGAGAACCUUCCGGACUGCGGCAUGACGGCCGAGCAGCGAGCGGGGAGCUUCUCCACCGUCCCCAACUACGACAACGACGACGAGGCGUGGUCUGUGGACGACAUCGGAGAGCUGCAGGUGGAGCUUCCAGAGCUGCACACUAACAGCUGUGAUAACAUCAGUCAGUUCUCAGUGGACAGCAUCACCAGCCUGGAGAGCAAAGAGCCCGUGUUCAUCGCUGCUGGAGACAUCAGGCGGCGUCUGUCGGAGCAACUGGCGCAGGCCCCCACCACCUUUAAGCGGGACCCUGAGGACCCGUCAGCUGUGGCCCUGAAGGAGCCGUGGGAGGAGAAGGUCAGGCGGAUCAGAGAGGGCUCUCCGUACGGUCACCUGCCCACCUGGAGGCUCCUGUCUGUGAUCGUUAAAUGUGGAGACGACCUGAGACAGGAGCUGCUCGCCUUCCAGGUGCUGCAGCAGCUCAAGUCGAUCUGGGAGCAGGAGCGCGUCCCGCUCUGGAUCAAGCCCUAUAAGAUCCUGGUUCUGUCGUUUGACAGCGGGAUGAUCGAGCCGGUGGUGAACGCCGUGUCGCUCCACCAGGUGAAGAAGCAGAGUCAGCUGUCUCUGCUCGACUACCUGCUGCAGGAGCACGGCGCCACGACCACCGAGGCCUUCCUCACGGCGCAGAGGAACUUUGUGCAGAGCUGCGCCGGGUACAGCCUCAUCUGCUACCUGCUGCAGGUCAAAGACAGGCACAACGGGAACAUCCUAUUGGACGCUGAGGGUCACAUCAUCCACAUCGACUUCGGCUUCAUCCUGUCCAGCUCGCCAAAAAACCUCGGCUUCGAAACGUCCGCCUUCAAACUGACCUCAGAGUUUGUGGACGUGAUGGGGGGUCCAGACGGCGACAUGUUUAACUACUAUAAGAUGUUGAUGCUUCAGGGUCUGAUUGCGGCGAGGAAGCACAUGGACCGGGUGCUUCAGAUCGUGGAGAUCAUGCAGCAGGGCUCUCAGCUGCCCUGCUUCCACGGCUCGAGCACCAUGCGGGGGCUGAAGGAGCGUUUCCACAUGUCUCUGACUGAGGAGCAGCUGCAGCUGCUGGUCGACCAGCUGGUGGACGGAUCCAUGAGGUCACUGACCACCAAACUGUACGACGGCUUCCAGUACCUCACCAACGGCAUCAUGUGACCCCAGGCCCCGCCCCCCAAGUGUGUGUGUGUGUGUGUGUGUGUGUGUGUGUGUGUGUGUGUGUGUGUGUGUGUGUGUGUGUGUGUGUGUGUGUGUGUGUGUGUGUGUGUGUGUGUGUGUGUGUGUGUGUGUGUGUGUGUGUGUGUGUGUGUGUGUGUGUGUGUGUGUGUGUGUGUGUGUGUGUGUGUGUGUGUGUGUGUGUGUGUGUGUGUGUGUGUGUGUGUGUGUGUGUAGCCUGAACAAAUAGAGACUGUUAACCUGAGACCUCCAGCCUCCUCCUGUUUCUCCUCAUCUUAUUCCUUCUUCUUUCUUUCUUCUUUUAUUCUUCUUCUUUCAUUCUUCUUCUCUGUCGGUUGACUUUGUCGUUUGUUCGUCUUUCCUCUCGGAGAAUCUUCGUUUUCUUAGUUCAGCUCUCUUCUUCCUCGUCUUCUUCUCUUUCCAUAUUUGGGCGUAUGUUCCUGAUUGGCUGCUCAAAUGGACUCUUAGCCAAUCAGAGAGCAGCCCACUUUUAGUUUAAACUGUGAACGUGGAUGAGGUGGGCGUAUUUCCAGGUGUAGAGCAGAUUAAAGGACCAGUGUGUGUUUUUUUACAUGUUUUAACUGUGAACACUUUGUGAUUCAUUAAAGAGUCCAACAAACAUCAAA